UGUCAGUCUGUUCCUGUCUGAAGUAUUCACAAUGAUCCGUCAUAUCGCUCUCCUGCUUACUCUCUGUGUUGUUACACAAUGUUGCCCCAGAAUCAUUAGCAAAUCCCAGUGGAAAGCUAAAUCUCCCAGAUGCAUUGCUAAUGUAAUGAAAACGCCUGUGCCAUACGUAGUGAUCCAUCACACGACCGGCGGAGGCUGCACAAACCAAGCGUCAUGUAGUGAAAAAGUCAGAAACAUACAAAACUACCAUAUCAAUUCUCAAAAGUGGUGUGACGUUGGAUAUAGCUUCCUUGUAGGGGAAGAUGGAAAUGUGUACGAAGGACGUGGAUGGAAUCGAGUUGGAGUUAGUGCUCCAAGCUACGGUAGCAGGUCUAUUGGAAUCAGCGUCAUAGGAGACUUUACUAGCAGGAACCCCAAUUCAGCUGCUCAGAAUGCUGUAAGGAGUCUGAUCGCUUGUGGGAUCUCAAAAGGCUUUAUCCAAAAAAACUAUAGGCUGAGGGCACACCGAGAUGUGACCAGUACAUCAUGCCCUGGAAACGCAUUCUACAAUCUCAUCAAGAAAUGGCCUAAUUAUAAAAAAUAAGCUGCAACAUUAUAUGUACUUGACGCAAACCCUUGUAUCUCUUGCUCUGCUGAAACAUGUACCUGCAACUAUCACAUCACUCUGUCCUAUUAAAUAUUGCUACACAGAAAAGUCAGCAUUAAAAGCAACUUCAUAAAAAUAUGUCCAGCUUACUAUAUAAAAAUACUAUGGGGCCGAUUUAUUAAGCAGGGGAUGCUGCUUUUUGUGCACGAGCUUCCUGGCUUACCGGAAACAGAAUUUAAUAAGCAGCGAUCGUAACUUGCCCGCUACCUUCUAGGUGGCGGACUGCAAUCAUCCUGAUCAGAUACGAUCAGGAUGAUUGAGACCCCCAGCUAGCGGCCGAUUGUCCGUGAAUGUGCAGGGGUCAGCAUUGCACAAGCAUUUCACCAGAACUGCUUUUGCAAUGAUAAAUGCCGACAGCGUAUGCAUUUAGCGAUGUCGGGCGGACAUGACUCACUACAGCAAAUCAUGUCCGCAAGACAUUUGAUAAAUCGGCCCCUAUGUCUUAAUAUUAUAAUUAAAAAAUCUCACCAGUUCCAUGUCUUUGUGGAUAAAGGACAACUAAAUGCAGUAGAAUUGCAUAAUUAACAAGUGCAUACCAAAAACACAAUGCGAUAGCAUUUAAUCUAAAUUCUAAAUAAGCAGUAGAUUUUUUUUCUGACAAAUUUAUUUUCCCCCCAUCUGCCGGCCCCCUAUAUCAUGUGACAGCCAUUGGCCAAUCAAAGACCGGUAUAUGUAUAUUCUGUGAACGUGUGCACAUGCUCAGUAGAAGCUAGUGCCUCAGAAAGUGUGUAUAUACAAAGAUUGUGCAAAAUGUUAUAAUAGAAUAAAUUGGAAAAUCUCUUAAAACUUCUGCUCUAUCUGAAUCUUGAAAGUUUCAUUUUGACUUUUGUCCCUUUAAAGUACCUUGGUCUCAAGUGUUAACUGGGAAAGCUUGUGACAAUAUCCCUGCCCUUUAAACUGUAUCAUUGUGAAGUGGAACAAGGGUCAGGUUUAUUUUUAGGGAAAAUACAUAGAAAAGUGUUAUAUGAUGUUGUUGUCAAAACUGACUCUUCAAAUUAAUUUCUUAAGCUCUGUAUCUACAUUUAUUCGCAAACAGUAAAUUUAAAGUGAAAUAAAUGAGAAAUCUAUGCUUAAAA